ACAGCAGUAGAAACGCGCAUACGUAACCUGCAUGUGUUUGUGUGUGUGGGGUGGAGGAGAGGCGACUACACAAACUCUGAACAAGCGCCACAUAGAAACGCCAGCGCAGGAUCAAGAAUAUCUUAUUUUAUUUCUGCAUCACUUGAAGGCCACGGCAGCUGAUAAUGAAGCGAAGCCGUGUCCCAAGCACCAGUGAGGACUCAGACAAUGGAAGUAUCUCCACGUCCUGGUCUCAGCACUCCAAUUCCAAGCACAGGAAACAGAAUGGAAAGAGACCCUCAGAGGUGUUCAGGACAGACCUGAUCACCGCUAUGAAGCUGCACGAUUCUUACCAGCUGAAUCCAGAGGAUUAUUAUGAGCUGGCCGAUCCCUGGCGACAGGAGUGGGAGAAAGGGGUUCAAGUCCCCGUCAGUCCUGACUCCAUACCACAGUGUUCAGUGCGCACUGUAGCUGAGAAAAGCCCCGCUCCUCUAUUCAUCAGGCCGAAGAAGAUGAUUCGCUCAUCUGAGUCAUCGAUGCUGGGGUACGUGGGUAUUCAGACGCUAGCUGAUGGCAUGUGUCGUUAUGACUUGAAUGAGGAGGAUGUAGCUUGGCUGCAGAUCGCUAAUGAGGAGUUCAGUAAGAUGGGCAUGCAACUCCUGGAUGAGCUGACAAUGGAGCGUGUCAUGGAGGAGUUUGAGCGCCGUUGUUAUGACAACAUGAGCCACGCCAUGGAAACGGAGGAGGGGCUUGGCAUCGAGUACGACGAGGACGUGGUGUGUGACGUCUGUCAGUCCCCUGAUGGCGAGGACGGCAACGAAAUGGUGUUCUGUGACAAGUGCAACAUCUGUGUUCAUCAGGCGUGUUACGGGAUACUGAAAGUUCCAGAGGGCAGCUGGCUUUGCCGUACCUGUGCGCUGGGCAUCUUUCCAAAAUGCCAUCUCUGUCCUAAAAAAGGCGGAGCAAUGAAACCCACCCGCAGUGGUACCAAGUGGGUCCACGUCAGCUGUGCUCUCUGGAUACCAGAAGUAAGCAUUGGUAACCCUGAGAAGAUGGAGCCUAUCACUAAUGUGUCUCAAAUACCCAGCAACAGAUGGGCUCUAAUAUGCUGUCUGUGUAAAGAGAAAACAGGAGCUUGUAUUCAGUGUUCUGCCAAAAGUUGCCGUGUGGCAUUCCAUGUGACUUGCGGUCUCCAUUGUGGGUUGAAGAUGAACACGAUCCUCACGGAGGCGGAUGAAGUUAAGUUCAAAUCCUUUUGUCCCAAGCACUCAGGCAUGGACUGGAAUGAGGAAGAGGGGGAUGAUGACAGACCAGUAAAAGUCCAGACCAGCGAAGACAGAGGGAGAAAUAGGGGAGCAGACAUCUCGUCCUCUUCACAGCCCAGACUCGCACAAAACCCUGAAGAGACCAGACUCAGUGAGCGUAAGCUUCGAGUCCAGCAGCUCGAGGAUGAAUUCUAUCGCUUUGUUGCUGUCGAUGAAGUUGCUGAGCACCUGCAGUUACCCCUGGAGACGGUGGACUUCUUGUUCCAAUACUGGAAGUUGAAAAGGAAGGUGAACUUUAACCAGCCGCUCAUCAUGCCGAAGAAGGAGGAAGAAGAUAGCCUUGCCCGGAGGGAACAGGAAGUGCUUUUACGGCGACUUCGCCUCUUCACGCAUUUACGUCAGGAUCUAGAGAGGGUGCGUAAUUUGACGUACAUGGUCAGCCGCCGGGAGAGGAUUAAACGGACCUUGUGCCGAGUACAGGAACAGAUCUUUCAUCACCAUGUCAGGUUGCUCGAGCAAGGACGCAUCGCUGGUAUAUCCUCUACUAGACGUUUGGAGGAGGCAAUGUUUUACUUUCGAACAACGCCACCCGUGCCUGUGUCCCCCCAACCUUUAAAGGGUCAUUGUGGGCAGAACAGUGCCCUGGGCUCCACUGAGAAGGGGAGCAACCCUUAUAGAGUCUCUAGGCAUAUCGAAGCAGACAAGCCUGCUAAAAUGCCCAGACUGGACAGCCUGGUCAUGGACAACGUUCCCAGUUCUGGGGUCAUUGAUUCAGGCUCUGGAGCUUGUAAAAUUCAGAGAAACGAGACGGCGGCGUCAGCUACAGUGAAACGUUCGGAGGGCAGGCCAAGAGGUGGUGAAUCUCAUAGAAGAGAUGAGGAGAGCGAGUGCCCCCUGGAGGACAGGAGGAGGAGCAAGCUGUGGGAACAGGUGUCCAUCAAAGACAAACUGAGACAGUCGAAGCCUAUUGAGGACACGCUAAAGAAUAAGACAGAGCAUGACAACAUGGAUGAAAGAUUGUUGCUGUCUCACAGCAAAACCACUUCUAGUUCUGUGGUCACUGCUCCGACCACGUAUAACGGAUCGCCGAGGAAGACAAACGCCAGCCAUCAGGGAAAAUUAGUGCCAAAUGGAACAACUAAGCGGCAUCUGAAAAACUGGGGCAGUUUCAGAAUCCCCAAACGGAGCGAGAGAACAUCAGCAGGGAAAGAUGUGCAGGACAGAAACGACAUGGUGGACCAAAAUUCUUCCUUAAAAACUUUUAAUACAAGUCCCGUCGCCGCCACCUCCUCCUCCCCUCAAAUUAGGACCCGGCUGCGGACAGGAAGUGAGAACCGAAGCCAUGUGGAAGAGUCUGAUCUUGGCCAAUCAGAGCAGGGAAAGAGGUGUCACACCCAAAGACUUCGAAGCCCGAUGACUAGACGUUACGGUUCGGACGUGAUCCAACGUGGAGUACUUGCAUCAUAAAAUGUGUCCAAAAAUAUUAUUUUUGUCCUCUUCAUUUGCUUUUCAAUGAAAGGUGAACAGGUGGAAUGAUAUUUAUUUUUCUAUUCUGUAAUUUUCUGCUGUUGCUGAAACUAUUUUUUGUGUGUAUGUUAAAAACAAACCCGGAGAGGUUUCAAAGACCAAACAAUUGGCUGAUGAAGAAAAAUAUCUUUGUAAUAAUGAAUGAAACAAAUCAGGUGAAAUUAACUGGCACAAUUCAUAGAUGAGUUAUGAGCACUUGUGAGGAUGGUACCAGCAUGAAACUAAGCCAGUACAGCCCAACUGUCUUAAGUCCCACAGAAUUACUGCACUUAACUGAGCACUUAACUGUUUAAAAAAUAACUGACCACAACAGUCUAACCAGUGUCCAAAAUUUAGGAAAGACUUUAUAAUUUAUUUCUCAGUAUUUAGCUAACUUAAAAGGCCAUCAUGUUGUGUACGUGUGAUAUGUGCCAUACUUAACCUGUGGCACCUUUUCCUUCUCAGGUAAAAUCUGCUUAUAUUUGUACUUAAUUUAUAGUGUUAUGUCUUUCUUUUUUCAAACAAACUGAGUGUGUAACAGGUCAAUGCCUUAUAUGUACUCUCCUUUCCAGAAAAACACAAAUAAAAAAACAUCUCUUUCUGUUUACCAUA